AUGCAUGCCUCUCAGUUGUUCUCCGCCAUCACCCUGGCCUCCCUUGCCGCCUUUGGCAGCGCGAGCCCCAUCGCCAUGGCCGAGGGUGAAGCCUCCGGCCUCGUCGCCCGCCAGGAUAGCUGCAACGCCGCCCCGGUCAGCGGCGAAUACGACUUCUCGUACUACACCUUCCACAUCGACGCCAACGUCCAGCAGCGCGCCAAGGCCGCGGGUCUCACCAAGAUCGGUGUCCUGCAAAAGUGCGACUCCAACGGCGGCAUCUUCGGCAGCCAACCGAAGAACACCGAAAACUGGGCCUACGCCCCCCUGGACAAGUUCGGCCCCGACCAGAAGUACAAGAUCAAGGUCAACCGCUGCAAGAAGGACUACGACCGCCACGUGUGGAAGUACCAGGUCUGGCUCUGCAACGAGAACAACUGGUGCGGCACGACCAACUGCGGUCUGGACCGUGACAUCUGCCCGACGCAGAAGACCAAGUCGGUGGAUUUGGUUGACAACGAGGCCUGGCUGUGCUCUGCUUAG